CUCCCCUCCCGCCCCGCCCCGUCUGCGCGUCCUCCUGGCGCGGGGGCGGGGGGCGCGGCGCCCCACAUAACACUCCCCUCCCGGCGCGCGGAGCCACCCUCUCCCCACCUCUCGAGAACACCACCGCCUCCCCUGACACCGCCGCCACCUCGCCGGACGCUCGGCAGAUUGCGGCGGCCGGCCCGGGGGGCGGUGCGCCGAGCGUGCGCGCCCGGGGCGCCAGAUGUGCAGUCUCCGCCGCCGCUAGUGACCCAGCGGCAGCCCGAGCCAGGUCCGGUUGUCUCAGCCAUGCUGCGGGGGCGACCUUGAACGCACCCUGGUUUCCCUCAGCGGGGACCACUCUGAGCCCCUGUGCUGGGUCCUGCCCUCUCCAGCCCGGCUCGCCCCGCGCUCGGACAUGGAAGGGGCCGCAGUGCCUGCGGCAGGGGAUGGCCCUGAUGUGGAGCCGGGGCCGCAGGGCUCUCUGCGGGAGGCGGCGGCCGGGGCGACUGCAGCCCCAGCGGAGCCCAAGAAGCCGCACGGGGUGAAGCGACAUCACCACAAGCACAACUUGAAGCAUCGCUAUGAGCUGCAGGAGACCCUGGGCAAAGGUACCUACGGCAAAGUCAAGCGAGCCACCGAGAGGUUUUCAGGUCGAGUGGUUGCUAUAAAAUCCAUCCGUAAGGACAAAAUUAAGGAUGAACUAGACAUGGUUCACAUCAGACGAGAAAUUGAGAUCAUGUCAUCCCUCAACCAUCCUCAUAUCAUCAGUAUUUAUGAAGUGUUUGAGAACAAAGAUAAGAUUGUGAUCAUCAUGGAAUAUGCCAGCAAAGGAGAGCUGUAUGAUUACAUCAGCGAGCGGAGACGCCUCAGCGAGAGGGAGACCAGACACUUCUUCAGGCAGAUUGUGUCUGCUGUGCAUUAUUGCCACAAGAAUGGUGUGGUCCACCGGGACUUGAAGCUGGAGAAUAUACUGCUUGAUGACAACUGCAAUAUUAAGAUCGCUGACUUUGGGCUUUCCAACCUGUACCAGAAGGACAAGUACUUGCAGACGUUUUGUGGGAGCCCACUCUACGCAUCUCCUGAGAUUGUCAAUGGGAGGCCUUACCGAGGGCCAGAGGUGGACAGCUGGGCCCUGGGUGUCUUGCUUUACACUCUCAUUUAUGGAACGAUGCCCUUCGAUGGUUUUGAUCACAAAAACCUCAUUCGACAGAUCAGCAGCGGAGAAUACCGGGAACCCACUCAGCCCUCAGAUGCCCGAGGACUCAUUCGGUGGAUGCUCAUGGUAAACCCGGAUCGCAGGGCCACCAUCGAGGACAUUGCCAACCACUGGUGGGUGAACUGGGGCUACAAGAGCAGUGUCUGUGACUGUGAUGCCCUCACUGACUCCGAGUCGCCGCUCUUGGCACGGAUCAUUGAUUGGCACCAUCGUUCCGCCGGGCUGCAGGCUGAGGCUGAAGCCAAGAUGAAGGGCCUGGCCAAACCCGGAGCCUCUGAGGUUGUGCUGGAGCGGCAGCGGUCGCUGAAGAAGUCCAAAAAGGAAAAUGACUUUCCCCCAUCUGGCCAGGACGCCGUACCUGAAAGCCCAUCCAAGCUGAGUUCCAAGCGGCCCAAGGGAAUUCUGAAGAAACGGAGCAACAGUGAGCAUCGCUCCCACAGCACCGGCUUCAUCGAAGGCAUCGUGGGCCCCACCUUACCGUCUCCUUUCAAAAUGGAGCAAGAUUUGUGCCGGACUGGCAUCCCCCUCCCCAGUUCCCCUGAGGCAGAGAUGUCAGGGAAGCUCAGCCUCAAACAGUCAGCCACGAUGCCCAAGAAAGGCAUCUUGAAAAAGACCCAGCAGAGGGAAUCUGGUUAUUACUCAUCCCCGGAGCGCAGCGAGUCUUCAGAGCUGCUGGACAGUAAUGACGUCAUCAUCGGCAGUGGCCUCUCUUCCCCUUCCUCGGAGGCAGCCCGGGGGACUUCCCACAGCCUGUCCUGCCGGAGGAAGGGCAUCUUGAAACACAGCAGCAGGUACUCCGAUGGUGCCACGGACCCUGCCCUCGCCGGCCCCGAAAUGCCCACACUGGAAUCCUUGUCAGCUCCGGGUGUCCACCCUGACGGCGUCUCCCGGAGCUACAGCCGCCCGUCCAGUGUCAUCAGCGAUGACAGUGUCCUGUCCAGUGACUCUUUUGACUUGUUAGAUCUCCAGGAGAAUCGUCCUGCCCGCCAGCGCAUCCGCAGCUGCGUCUCUGCUGAAAAUUUCCUCCAGCUUCAGGACUUUGAGACCCCCCACAACCGGCCCCGGCCCCAGCACCUGAAGCGGUACCGGAACCGGCUGGCAGACAGUAGCUUCUCCCUCCUCACUGAUAUGGACGAUGUGACUCAGGUGUAUAAAAAAGCCCUGGAGAUCUGCAGCAAGCUCAACUAGCCCCUCAGGGCGCAGAGG